AUGUUUUCCUGGAAUAAAUACAAGUUGCAAGAUCCAAGUUUGUUCUCUAUCUCGUUUCAUACAUAUUCUAAUCUGAAUUUUUCCAUUCUUCCUGUUCUUCAUGCCUUUUUUUCCACUUUGAAGAUACGACAUGCUAAAUAUUUCUUAUUAUUAAACUUUGCCAUUAUUAUCAUUUUACUGAUCAUUAAAACUGCAAGAUGUGAGAGUUUCUGCAUUAAUAAAAAUGGUUGUGAUUGCUUCAGGAUCAAACUUGUCCAAAGUACUCCAGAUAAUUUAACUUUCACGACAGUUACUAGAUUACAUUCAACUUACAGUGCGUGGAAUUCACUGAUAAAAAAUUCAGAGAAGGAAUUAAUUCUUGUAGCAUAUAAAACAAGCCUUCGUGGCGAGCAUGUUUUGAAUGAUGAUUAUUGUCAAUGGCAUUCUAAUCAAGGCAGUAAAAUUUACGAUGCUUUAGUAGAAGCAGGAUUGAAAAGAAAGAUUCGAAUACGAAUGAUUGAAAAUUAUCCCCCAAAAGAUAAGGGUGACAACGAGGAUGGCAUCAACUUAGCUAAAGCAGGUGUUAUUAGCAGGUGCAGUUUAAAUUUGGAUUAUUUAUCACUUAACCAAGUACUAUUCUUUGAAAAAUAUUUUCAUAUUAGAGAUAACAGAAGAGAGGGAGAGAGAGAACAAUCAUUCGACAAAUAUAAAAGCAACAAUAAUGAACACGUUCUCGCUGAUGUUUAUAUAGAUCUAAGGUAUUUAAGUUUAGAACAUAGAAGAAUUGGAUUGAAAAAAAAAACAGCAGUAUAUCUAAAACAUUUAAAGGCAUCACCACGUUCACUCAAUGAUCUUGAUAGAAAUUGGGAUCUUUUCUCGAUAUUAAAUGCCGUUGAGAAGGCAAAAAAAUUUUUGUACGUUGAAGUGAUGGAUUAUUUCCCGAUAUACUGGCCUGUCGUUGAUAAUGCUAUUCGAAGAGCAAUAUUACGAGGUGUGGAAGUUAAAAUUCUCACUGCAGCAAUACAUUUCUCUGAAUAUAGUUUAAGAUUCCUUAGUUCGCUGGAGACACUGAACAGAAUUAAUGAUAGUAGUAUAGAAGUGAGAAUUCUCAAAGUUCCAACUGAUGUUAACAUGCAAAAUAUUAUGAAACGCGAACAGCGAAUGCACACGAAAUUCCUUGUCACAGAUACUGUAGCUGUGAUUGGAACAUCAAACUGGUCUGGAGAUUAUUUUGAUGGAGGUACAAUGGGAGCUGCAUUUGUUUUAAAUCAAACUAAAGUAUCAUUGGAAAAGCGCCAUUUCAUCAGAAAUUUGAUAUAUAUAUAUUUCUAUCUCACUGGUUGGUCAUUGUCAGUACUAGAAUUUGGAUGUAUCAUUAAAAAUUACUGUGAGGCAGAAAAAGAUCCUUCACUUCUAGCUUUAUAA